AUGUUUUUGUUUAUUUUCGUUGGCUUUUCAGUCGCUGCGCCGCGAAGUAUCUUGAGACUUGCGUCGCGAAAGGUCACUCGAUUGGAGUGCUUGCGGGAUGUGUGGCGUUUGAUCUCCCACGUCUGGGUCUGCCGUAGUGCAUCAAUUUGGGCCCGGCGCAUUCUCCUCGUCCGCAGCCUGAUCUCCCGCCGAUUGUUAUAGUUUCUUUAUGAUCGCACUAGUUUGCCACAGGCAUGAUAUCUGAGGAGAUCGCGAGCAUAGCGAAGGGCUACGAUAUUAAAG